UAGACAUCAUACAUGGAAUAUUUUCCUCAGAUUCAUUUGCUUGACCAUCUUGAUGUCCAUGAAGCUGUGAUUAUUCUGUUUCCAUCUUCCAACAACCCAUUUUCUCCUGCCUAUUCACCCAAAGGUUUCCAAAAUGUCUCAAGUAACCAAGUCUUUCGAGGAGCACAACAUCAUUCCAGACGUCCUGCCGGCCGGGACUCAGGUUCCACACAACCUAGGAAUUCACUGGCCCAAGGUGAAUCUCCGAGCCCCAGGCGACCGGCUGCACAGGGACGAGGUCCAGGAGACUCCGACGAUAACGACGGAUCUCAAGCCAAAAGAUGCCGACACGCAAGAAUACGUGCUCCUAAUGGUGGACCCAGACCUGACGCACUACAACGACCGCACCUUUGGCCAGGUGCGCCACUGGCUGGUGCCCAAGGUGAAGCUGUCGAGCGACGGCAACGUCAGCAUCAACCAGGCCGCGACCAUCUCGCCGUACGUGGGCCCGGCGCCGCUGGCCGCGCACCUGGUGGUGGGCGAGUCGCGCCCCAGCCGCUACACCUUUCUGCUACUCAAGCACCGGACCGCCGGCCCGCCCGCCGUGCUGGACCCGGACACGCUCAAGGCGCACUACGAGGGCGACGCGGGCCAGUUUGGCGGCGAGAUGCAAAACGUCAUUGACCGCAUGGGCUUCGACACGGCCGUCUUUAUGCAAAAGAAUGGGCUCGAGGUCGUCGCCGGCACGUUUAUGUUUGUCGAGGGCAACGUCAAGAGCACCUUGGCCAAUGCUGGUCUGUUGGCCACGGGCGUGGCGCAAAAGGUGGCAGGGCAGUGAUUUGUGAGUGAUUAUGGGUCGAGGCGAGUUAUGCGAUUUCGUUGUUGCGGAACGGUAAAUCUGUAGGGGAUCAGUUUCUACUUUUCUUUCGGUAUCCCAGAAAAUCACACCACUUUUCCAGAUCGGUCUACUUGUAGCUUUUUGACUAAUAUUACCAUGUGAGCUUUGUGGG